CUCGCCCACCUCGCCACCUCGCCCGCCGGUCCCACAGUUCUACUUUCAGGUGUUUUUGAAGAAAAAUUCACCAUUUGGAUGUGAGAAAGGACAUGAGGAGACCAAAGACCUGGGAUUUUGCUGAUCAGAAUGAAACAAAUGUUGAAAGACUUUUCAAAUCUAUUGUUGGUGGUGCUCUGUGACUAUGUUCUUGGAGAAGCUGAAUAUCUCCUUCUGGGGGAACCGCGCCAUGUAGCACUAAGCAACAGGACAGUGUCUGUGGAUUUCCAGUAUUUGGAUGGUGCCAAUGGGACGCUGAGGAAUGUCUCUGUCCUGCUGUUGGAGGCCAACACCAAUCAGACUGUUACCACCAAAUACCUCCUGACCAACCAGUCCCAGGGGACCCUCGAGUUUGAGUGCUUCUACUUCAAGGAGGCCGGCGACUACUGGUUCACGAUGACUCCGGAAGCCACAGACAGCAGCCCUCCCGUCCCCUGGUGGGAGAGGAGCGCCUUUCUGAAGGUGGAAUGGCCUGUCUUUCAUGUUGACCUGAACAGGACAUCCAAGGCGGCUGAAGGCACCUUCCAGGUGGGCCUUUUUACCAGUCAGCCGCUGUGCCUGUUCCCCGUGGACAAGCCCGACAUCUUGGUGGAUGUCAUCUUCACCAACAGCCUUCCAGAGGCAACAAUGAGUCAGGGCCAGCCGCUGGAGAUAAGGGCUAGCAAGAGGGCAGAACUCGCUCAAGGCCAGUGGGUUGAGUUUGGCUGUGCACCUGUGGGGCCAGAAGCCUAUGUCACUGUGGUGCUGAAGCUGCUUGGCCGAGACUCGGUCAUUACGUCCACAGGCCCCAUUGACCUGGCCCAGAAGUUUGGAUACGCACUGGUGAUGGCGCCAGAGCUCACGUGUGAGUCCGGGGUGGAAGUGAGGGUGCUGCCCCCGCCAUGCAUCUUUGUCCAGGGGGUGAUCGCUGUCUUCAAGGAAGCCCCCAGACGCCCUGGGGAAAGGACCAUUCGGCUGGCUGAAAACAGUCUGACCUUGGGAGAAAGCAGAACAGUAUUCAACUGCACUUUGUUUGACAUGGGGAGGAAUAAAUACUGCUUUGACUUUGGCGUUUCAAGCAGAACCCAGUUUUCUGCAAAGGAGAAGGAGUGCAUGCUAAUUCAGAGAAAUAUAGAAACUUGGGGACUGUGGCAGCCGUGGAGCCAGUGUAGUGCCACGUGUGGGGACGGCGUCAGAGAGCGUCGCCGCCUGUGCCUGCCCUCCUCCCCCUCCCGACCUGGCUGCCCUGGAAUGUCCUCGGAGAGCUCCCCGUGUUCCCUGGAGGACUGUGCGGCUUUCCAGCCAUCCAGUCCGUCUCCUUUCCAACCCCAGGCUCCCGUGAAGUCCAACAACAUCGUGACGGUCACUGGGAUAUCCCUGUGCUUGUUCAUCAUCGUGGCCACCGUGCUCAUCACGCUGUGGCGGAAGCUGGGCCGCGCCCCCAAGUGCAGCACCCCAGUCCGCCACAACUCCCUGCACGCGCCCGGCUGCCGGAAGAACUCGGACGAGGAGAACAUCUGCGAGCUGAGCGAGCCCUGUGGUAGCUUCUCAGAUGCGGGCGACGGGCCAGUGGGGAGCCCCGGGGGCCAGGGCAUCCCUCUGACCUACCGGCGGAGCGUGCCGGCGCCCCCCGACGACGAGACCUCGGGCAGCGAGAGCUUCCAGUCCAACGCCCAGAAGAUCAUCCCGCCCCUGUUCAGCUACCGCCUGGCCCAGCAGCAGUUGAAGGAGAUGAAGAAGAAAGGCCUGACGGAGACCACCAAGGUGUACCACGUGUCCCAGAGCCCCCUGACGGACACCGCCAUCGACGCCGCCGUCGCCGCGCCCCCGGGAGGCUCCGAGAGCCCCGAAGAAGCCGCGGCGGCCGGCAAGUUCCGCCUCAAAUCCCCGUUCCUGGAGCAGCCGCCCGCGGUCGGCGCCGGGGACAGGCCCCCCUCCCGGCUGGACCACCCGCUCUCGCCGGCCAGCUGCGCCAUCAGCCCCAGCCAGAGCCUCCUCCGCAAGUCGCAGAUGAGGAGCCACCCCCGGGGGUCCCAUUUCCGGAGGACGGCAAGUUUCCACGAGGCCAGGCAGGCCCGACCGUUCCGGGAGCGGAGCCUGUCCACGCUGACCCCCCGGCAGGCCCCCGCCUACAGCUCCAGGAGCCGGACGUGGGACCAGGCGGGAGAGCGAGUCCGGCCCCCGAGUCGAGGCGCCACCCUGUUUCCGGAGAAACGGGACCACUGUCCAGGGGCAGGUGGAAGCAGCGGCCCGUUAAGCCCUUUCCCUAAACCCCACACCCUGGGGCAGCCCAAGAGGAAACCAGACCUGGGGGAUCGCCAGGCAGCGUUCGUGGCGGGAGGUGAGAGCACGGAGCCUCACCGGCCUCGGAGGGGACCGUCCCCCAGUCACAGGAAUGUCUCAAGGAAGCGGCCUUCCUCCCCGGCCCCCAGAGAUAGCUCCCAGAGGGUCAGUGCUCUGAGCCCUUCUCAGUGUCGGAAAGACAAGUGCCAGAGUUUCCCCGCCCACCCGGAGUUCGCCUACUACGACAACACAUCCUUCGGCCUCACGGAGGCGGAGCAGGGGAUGCUGGACCUCCCGGGAUAUUCUGGGUCAAACGAAGAAGAUGAAACCACAAGUACGCUGAGUGUGGAGAAGCUGGUCAUCUAGACCGAGAUCAGCCUGAGACUUCACACAACCGGGGUCCUUUGCCCAGCUCAGGGUAUCAGCUGCUCGCAUUGUUCUGUGGACUGUUUUGUGUAACGAUUUGUACAGCAGGACAGGAUGUGGGGAGGUGGUAACUGACACCGGUGUCCGCAUGUGUUUCAAUUCGUAAGGAAGAAGUUAUUUAUCCGGAGCUUUUCCCUUCGUUAUCCUGU